GUUGGUAGUAGAUGGUAACUUGCCUGCAAUUAUGGGACUUGCGAAGAAAAUCCUCUCUCUCUGUAAUCGCAGGGAUAGAAAAGGGACCAAAAAAAUGAUCGAUUUUUUUACAAAAACAAACUAAUGAAGACAAGAAUGACAUGUAAGAGCUGUAAGAAAUCGAUGAAACUACAAAAGACGCAUACACGGGAUGGAUAUCAAUGGGUAUGCCGCAGAAGAUCACAUUCUAGGAAAUUUACAAAGAACUGCAGAGCUGGAUCAAUAUUCGAAAACAGCAGGACCAGCUUACAAAGCUGGAUGACUUUUAUUUACCGAUAUUGUCAAGGACUGAGACUACGGCAGGUGGAUAUGAUCCAGGACGGCAUAGCUGGAAGCUCAGCAACACUGAGCAAAAUGACAAGAAAGCUAAGAAUGGUCUGCAGAAAAGCUUUGAGAAAGCACAAAAGAGAGACAGGACAGGUUGUGGGGGGAAGGACAGAGUUUGUCGUCAUAGAUGAAAGCAACUUCCGUCACAAAAGAAAGUAUGGGCGAGGAAGAGCUGGCGAAACUUGGAGGAGAAAAAAGUGGGUCUUUGGUAUCUUGGCCAUUAAGGGAGACAGAAGACGACCAAUUUUGCGGCUUGUUGAACAGCGCUCAAGAGAUCACCUGAUUCCAAUUAUAGCAAGACAUGUUCGCCAGGGAUCAACCAUUUUGAGUGAUGAAUGGAGACCCUACAGGAGAGCUCUGACCACACAUGGCUACACACACUACACUGUAAAUCAUAGCAGGUGGUUUGUGGACCCAAUUCAUGGAGGCCACACCCAGAAUAUAGAAAGAGCAUGGUCAACAUAUAAAAGCCAGGUUUGGAGGUUGAGAGGCAACAGGACAGAAAAGCUGUUAAAGGAACACUUGACCUGCAUUGAGUGGACAUACUGGCUUGGACACAAUCACAGUGAUGGUCCUCUAGGACGUUUGCUAAAAGAUAUUAGACAACAAUACAGAGUUUAAUAUCUUGGAGAAUGCUCUAAAAUAAAUUGAUUGUACCUGUGUGUGGCUGAGCCUUUGUGUGUUUGGUGUGUAUGUGCAUGUCUUUGUUGGAGAUAAUACUGUGGCUCAGUUUCUCAUCUGUUUCACAACUGUGGCAAAUAUAAUUUUAGGUUUAAUUCAGACAUAUAUUACACAGUGCUUUAUUCUUGCACACUCAGUUGUGCAUUAUUUGCACACAUAAUGUGCAUACAUAAUGCAUAAUUUUCUUUUAUGAUGAUCAUAUGGAAAUGUUUCAGUGCUUGUAAUUAAAACCGUGUUAGACUCAAUCACUGCAGUUGUUUUAUGUUGCACAGUUCCUGUGGGGUGACACGUUAGUAAAGGGUUAACUUGUUUUUCACUUUAAAAUAAUGGUCCAGAUCACUAGUAGUUCCUGCGGGGUGACGAGGUAACGCUUGAGUAAUUACUAAUUAGUGAGGUGUUGACAUGGAUUUCACAAGUAAUAUAAGUUUAAAUUUAAUUUUAUAUCUGAAACAUACCGUACAGCCAUACCUUUCUGUGAGCCACUAAUGAUAUUCUAACAAAUACUGUAAUCUGGAAGAUGAGGUUUUGUGCUUAAUGCAACACAAAUGCAGCCAAUGUCUUCAUUAAGGAUGCAAAUUGUUUGAGACGAGAACAUCAAUGUUUAUAUUCAUAUCCUGAAGAGAAGUCCUCCCCAGGCUACUGUUACUUAAAGGUAGGUCUUUUGGAGUUGGAGACAUAUUUAA